GACAAUAUCUCUCCGAGGUGUGCUCAGCUUGACUCAAAAAGUUUUAUUUGGAGUUCAAACAUAGCCGCCCCUCCGUUUACCGACAUGUCCAGUGAUUCACUGAAGAAACGGAAACCAAAGGUGAUCCGGAACGAUGGCGGAACACCAGAGGGCAAGCGGGGUCGGGGAGAGGUCGACCAGGACGUGCGUGUGUAUAAUGAGGAGGCGGAGCUGGAGGGGCGGGACCCAGAACAGGACUAUCUGAUGUAUAAAGACACCUGUGAGGCACUGGCCAAACUGAUGGCUGAAAUCCAGGAGCUAAAGGCCAGCGGUGAUAAAGACGGGGUGAGUCUUGUGGAAAGCCGCCGCAGGCAGGGCUCUGUCCUCUUCAUGACUCUGAAGAAGCUGAAUCGUCUGGCACACAUGAGACUGAAGAGAGGGCGGGACCAGACACACGAGGCUAAACAGAGAGUGGACGUGUUGCAUCUUCAGCUUCAGAAUCUUCUCUAUGAGGUCAUGCACCUGCAGAAAGAGAUCGGCAAAUGCCUGGAGUUCAAGUCCCAGCAUGAGGAUAUUCAGUUGGUUACUGUGGACGAGUUCUUCCAAGAAGCUCCGCCCGAAAUUUCUCGCCCCCAUCUCACCAAAGACGACCCCCACCAGCUCACGCUUGCUCGUCUGGACUGGGAACUGGAACAGCGGAAGAGGUUGGCGGAGCAGUAUAAGAGCUCUCUGAACCACAGGGAGAAGAUUCUGAAGGGCAUCCAGCAGAAGAGAGAGUACCUCAGCAGUCUCCAGCCCGGCCUUCAGGCCAUUAUGCAGGCCUCACUCCCGGUGCAGGAGUACCUGUCCAUGCCCUUUGAGCGUGUGCAGAAGCAGGUGGAGGUUGCUCGUCAUCUGCCCCCACCUCUCUAUGUCCUGCUGGUACAGGCCAAUGCUUAUGGACAAGCCUGCGAUAAAAAUAUGUCUGUGACUGUAAGUGGUGAUGUGGAUGAAGCAAAGGCUUUGUCUAAGCCUCCGGAAGAUUCUCAGGAUGAUGAAAGUGAUUCGGAUGCAGAGGAGGAGCCUCAGAACACGAAACGAAGACGGGCGACCGUCGGGGUUCAGCUGGAUGACAAACGGAAAGAGAUGCUCAAACGACACCCCCUCUCGCUAUGCGUCGACCUCAGAUGUAAAGAUGGCAGUGUGCUACAUUUGUAUUUUUAUUACCUGAUGAAUCUGAAUAUUCUGACUGUGAAGGCCAAAGUGUCCACUGUGGCUGAACUCUCUGGACCCAUCAGUGCAGGGGAGCUGUUGAACUGUGAGAUCCUUUUGAGCUGCCUCUACCCAUCUGACCAUGGGAAAGACACACCAAACCCAGCAAACCGCUACCAGUUUGACAAAGUCGGCAUCACGACAUUUGCUGACUACGUGUCGGAUCUGGGACAUCCUUACCUCUGGGUCCAAAGACUGGGAGGACUCCAGUUUCCCAGCGAGAACCCACAGGUUUUGUUUUGUUUGUUUCAGACAGUGGAGGCUGUGAGCUCUCUGAGUGCCAGUCAUGUGGAGAUCACUAUGAAAAUGCUCAGAGGGAGAUUACAGGCUCGGCUGGCCUUAUACAAGCAGUUCAGCUCACUGGAGCACAAUAUAGUUCCAGUGUCCAGUGAGUGUCAGCAUCUCUUCCCGGCCAAAGUGGUCUCUCGCCUGACCCGCUGGACUGCCCUGAGCCAUCAGGACUUUACGGAGCUGCCGUUUGUUCAGCACGUGGUGAAAGCUGGUCUGGUGCAGGAGACUGACCUGUUCUUCAUGGCGGUGGUUGAAAGAGGAACGGCUCGUCUCCAGGCUGCGGUUGUGUUAAAUCCUCGUUAUCCUGAGGUCACUCCCCUCUUCUCUCUCUCUCUGAUCUGGAAAGGAGAACGCAGUGGCCGCACCGAUGACAACCUGAGGGCGAUGGAGAGUGAGGUUAACAUUUUUAGGACGGAGCUUCAGGGUCCCCGCCCAGGCCUUCAGCUCCUGACCAAUCAGCUCCAGCGCUUGUGUGUGUGUCUUGACGUGUAUCUGGAGACAGAGAGUCAGGUGUCAGAUGGUUCAGAGGGACCACGAGAAUUCCCCAGGGAGAAAAUGUGCCUACGCAUUGCCAGGGGUCCCAAUCGUCUGAAGCCCUUCAAAUAUAACCAUCCUCAAGGUUUCUUCAGUCAUCGCUAAACCUGCCCUCACAUCCAUCACUUCUCUCCUCAUUCUCUUUAACCUACACUACUGUUUUUUAAUGUAGUGUUGCUUUAUAUCAGUUGUAUAAUAAAAAAAGGAAAGAAAUGGAGAAAACAGCUGAGGAGUCUGUCGUAAAUGAAGAGUAAAAAGCCUGAGUGUGUGUGUGUGUGUUUAUGUUCUUACAAAUGUGUUCAGGGAGGGGAGUGCACAGUUUCUGUCAUGCGUCCUGGAUUUUGGGGGGUUAAAUCUGUUGAGGGAAAUUGUUUUUUAGGCCAUGUCUUUGGAUUGGAUGAUAACUCAAGAUUUGUGGGGAUCUCUUUAGUUAAUCUUAACAAUGUGUAGUCACAGACCUGUAAAUAGCAGCACGACAUUAUACUCGUCUCUAUUUUUAAUUGUCAGUUUACACAUUUGCCUGUAUGUAAUGAAUUAAAAAUGAACGAAAUAACUGAUUAGUUGAGUGAUAAAUGAUUUUUAAUGGUUUGAGUUGGCAAAUAGUAAGAAACUGUAUAACUGUUUUUGUUCAUUCUGAACAGUUACCUCAUUUCCUGUAGACUUUAUAGGCAUUGUUUGUCAGGCCAAGUAAAACUUUUUUUUUUUUUCAAAAUUGGAGUGUGUUUGGAGUAUUGCUGCAGUUUUUCUUCUCUGGUUUCAAUUUUGUAAAUACUAAUCCUUUAUGAAGCAACUAC